UACUUCUUGUACUGCGUAUGCAGAAGUUCUUGGAAUUGGGUGCAUGGUUUGGUAUGGGGAGUUGGUUGAUGUUCAGCACUUUGGAAAUGGAGGAAAUACAUUGCACAUCCGCCUCUCUGAUUCUGAUUUAGGUGAUGGCGGAAAAAAGAACAAGGUUGUGAUAAUAUCAGCUGUUGUGGUGGGGUUAAUCUUCCUAGGAAUCAUUGUAUGGCUGGUAUGGAGGUUCAAGGGAAAACUCAAAGUUUUGCCUACAGUUUCCUCGGCUUCAUGCUGCAAGAAUAGUGAUGUAAUACCGGUCUUUGAUGUAAGGAAGAGUAGAGACUUGUCAGCAGAAUUUUCAGGAUCAGCCGACUUUAGUUUGGAAGGGAAUCAACUAAGUGGACCAGAACUUCCAUUUUUCAAUUUUAGUUGCAUUUCAAUAGCGACAAACAAUUUCUCAGAAGAAAAUAAGCUUGGGGAAGGGGGCUUCGGCCCCGUUUACAAGGGAAAGCUAGGCGGGGAAGAAAUAGCUGUCAAGAGGCUUUCAAGACGGUCUGGCCAAGGUUUAGAGGAGUUCAAGAAUGAAAUAAUGCUGAUAGCGAAAUUACAACACAGAAAUUUGGUUAGACUUAUGGGUUGUUCUAUUGAAGGGGAAGAAAGGCUGCUGGUAUAUGAAUACAUGCCAAACAAAAGCUUGGAUUGCUUUUUAUUUGAUCCAGUCAAGCAAACACAAACAAAACUAGACUGGACAAGACGGUUUGAAAUCAUUGAAGGCAUUGCAAGAGGACUACUUUAUUUGCACCGAGAUUCAAGACUCAGAAUAAUACAUAGAGAUCUAAAAGCGAGCAACAUUUUGUUGGAUGAAAACAUGAACCCGAAAAUAUCGGACUUUGGCUUGGCCAGGAUAUUUGGUGGAAACCAAAAUGAAGCCAAUACAACCAGAGUGGUUGGUACAUAUGGUUAUAUGUCCCCGGAAUAUGCAAUGGAAGGUCUGUUUUCAGUUAAAUCUGAUGUAUAUAGUUUUGGUGUAUUAUUACUAGAGAUAGUGAGUGGCCGCAGGAACACUAGCUUUCGUCACUCAGAUGACUCAAGUCUCAUAGGACAUGCCUGGCAUCUUUGGAAUGAGCACAGGGCAAUGGAGCUUGUUGAUCCUUGUAUUCGUGAUUCUAGCCCUAAAAACAAAGCUUUGAGAUGCAUACAUAUCGGUAUGUUAUGUGUUCAAGAUUCAGCAGCUCAUAGACCAAACAUGUCCACUGUGGUGUUGAUGCUGGAAAGUGAAGCAUCAACUCUUCCCUUGCCUAUACAACCUUUGAUUACUUCUAUGAGGAGAUCUGAGAACAGAGAAUUUUGUGUGGAUGGCCUUGAUGUUUCAAAUGAUUUGACAGUCACAAUGGUAGUAGGGAGAUAGAAUUAUUGCAUUAUUCUGCCCUUUUUGCAUCAGUUUUGUUUGCAUUUCUCUUUUCCUUUUUUUGUAAACAUUUUUUGCAUUUCCCUUUCUCCCUUUAAACAUAGACAGGGCUUAUAGUUAUACUUUUCCCUUUUUGGCUCUGUUGAAUUGGAGCU